UAAAAACUCUGUUAUAUUAAUUUACAGAAAAAUGGGAAGUACUGAAAAAAUGUUUAUUGGGGGUGAAUGGGUUGAGGGGGCCUCAAGACUGACUUUCAUAGUCAGGAAUCCAUUUAAUAAUGAAGAGUUAUGCACUGUGUCUGAUGGAGGUGUAGAGGAUGUACGUCAAGCAGUUGAUGCAGCACAUCAAGCUUUUCCACUCUGGAGAGCUGUUCUUCCUAGAGAUAGAGCAGAAUAUCUCAGGAAGAUAGGUGACCUCCUGUUGGCUGAAACGGAUCGACUGGCAAAGAUAUUAACCCUGGAGAAUGGUAAACCCUUGGAGGAGGCGAGGGGGGAAAUCAAGUUCUCAGCUUCAUUCUUUCAUUGGUUUGCUGAGGAGUGUAGACGGUCCUAUGGUGAUGUUAUACCCUCUCCUGUAAGCGGAAAAGAGCUGUUUACUAUAGUUGAACCUCUGGGAGUAGCUGCACUUAUUUGUCCAUGGAAUUUUCCCAUUGGAAUGCCUGCAAGAAAGGUAUCAGCUGCACUAGCUGCUGGCUGCACUUGUGUUAUUAAACCUGCAGAAGAUACUCCUCUCUCUACUAUAGAACUUGUUAAGAUCAUACAGAAGGCCGGUAUUCCACAAGGGGUUGUUAAUGUUAUUACCUGUAGUCGGGAUAAUGUUCAAAACAUUGGAACAGAACUGUGCACCAAUCCUAAGGUGUCGAUAGUAUCAUUUACUGGUUCCUGUGAGGUGGGAAGAACCCUAUAUUCCUUGUGUGGAAAAUCUUUGAAAAGAGUUGCUUUGGAGCUUGGGGGUAAUGCUCCAUUUAUCAUUUUCAGUUCUGCAAAUCUGCAAUCAGCUGUGAAUGGUUUGAUGGGGGCCAAAUUCCGAAAUGCCGGUCAAACCUGCGUGACCGCAAAUAGAAUUCUAAUCCAAGAAGAUGUUUAUGACGAGGUCUUGAAGAUGUUUACGGAGCAAGUUAAAAAACUGAAGGUUGGCAAUGGUAUCGAUGCUGAAUUCCAACAAGGACCAUUGAUAAACAACAAACAAAAAGAGAGGGUUGCAAGGAUUGUAGCAGAAAGCGUAGCUAAAGGUGCAACUGUGGUUUGUGGAGGGAAACAGGAGGGUAAUGGAUUUGAACCAACCAUUCUCACAGACUUAACUGUGGAUAUGCCGUGCUGGAAGGAGGAGAUAUUUGGCCCCGUAGCCUCAAUACUCAAGUUUAAAGACGAGGCCGAGGCUGUGAAUAUUGCAAAUAACACUGACAGAGGACUUGCUGCAUAUUUUUACUCUAGUGAUUACCAGCAGAUAUCCCGUGUAUCCCGGAGUCUUGAAGCUGGUAUGAUCGGAGAAAAUGAUGUAGCAAUAUCAACCACUGAGGCCCCAUUCGGUGGUUAUAAGAGUUCCGGGAUCGGCAAAGAAGGAUCAAAAUAUGGUUUAGAUGAAUACUCAAACAGAAAACUCAUAUGUAAAGGGGGCCUGUAAAAGCUGCCGAAGAAGCCCUUUGCUUUAAAUAUACAGUUUCAAAAGGGGUCAUUUUAAAAACAGUAAGAGAAACUCUAUGUUUUAAAUAGAUAAUUUUUGUAGGGGUGAGUUUUAAAUAAAAAGAAAUAAACUAUAUACAUACGUUU